GCAACAAACAAAAGAGGCAGCAGAAACCCCACACUCACUCAACACUCCCUUCUAAACAAAACCCCAAACUACAUAAAAAGCAGAGUAUCUGUCCUCUUUGAUUCCUUCUGGACUCCUGCCACUCACUCUCUUACAGUCUUACUAGAUCCAUUCUAUUUUAUCCCAUUCAUUAUACCAAGCUUCCCCAACACCCCACAUGCACUUGGAUAGACGGUGGCGGCCCGGCAUGGCAGAACCGCCGUCAGCGGCGGCGCUCAUCCUCUGCGGCGUGCUGAUGGUGAUGAGCGGGUCAUCAGCUGACGCGACGUGGUGCGUGGCGAGGAGCGUGGCGAGCGACGAGGCUCUACAGGUGGCGCUGGACUACGCGUGUGGGUCCGGCGCGGACUGCACCCCGUUGCAGCGGGAGGGUCUCUGUUUCCUGCCCAACACGCUGCUCGCCCACGCGUCUUACGCCUUCAAUAGCUACUAUCAGCGCACGGCCAUGGCUCCCGGCUCCUGUGAUUUCGCCGGCACGGCCACCGUCGCUAAAACUGACCCCAGCUACGGAUCUUGCGUGUACCCAUCUUCUGUGAGAACGGCCGGAGGACCAGUAACACCUCGAGAUCAAGGAACGACAAGUGGAAUAAUUUCUUCCCCUCCGGACAUAACAACGAUUCUUUUUCCUCCGCCACCACCCGGAGCUGCAAUCUCAGUUCCAGGGGAUGAAGUUGGAGGGAACGUUAUCGCCUCACCGAAUUCCAGUGGAUCACAAGCUAUUUUAGCAGUUCUCAUAACAAAUAUCUCUUUUCUGUUCCUUUUGGCGCAUAUCUUAUAAUGUGUCUAUGACUGGGGGAAGUGGGAAUAGUGAGGCUUACCAUUGAAGGCUAGGAUAGUACAGUUUUGCUAGAAAUGGAGAAUUUCUUCUGCUCUUAGUAUUAUUUUGCGUUCGUUAUAAGGCAUCUUAUCAAUGAAUUGAAUGUCGGGAAUCAUGACUAAAUUAAGUUAGGUGUAAAUUUCCAUUUAUGAAGGUUAUUUUUAGUCUCACGUAUUUCCAUUUAUAUGGAGUAGUUAGCAUAAGCUACGAUUCUUU